AUGAAUUACAACAUGCAGGAGGAGGUGGUAGAAGAAGCUAACUCAUGGGCCAAGUCAGCAACAAAGGGCCUUAUUGAACAAGUUCUCAAGCCCGAGCAUAUCAACGAAGAUGCAACGCUCUUACUUGGAAACGCCUUAUAUUUUAAAGGUACAUGGAAAGACAAUUUUAUUCAAAGUCUCACUCAAGACAAAGAUUUUUACCUACUCAAUGGCGACAAGGUUUUAGUUCCCUUCAUGACUGGUUGUGACAAUUAUACAUAUGGAUCAUUUGAAAGUUAUCAAGCAGUGAAAAUUCCUUAUGAAAAAGGGAAGAAUGACAAAAAAAUGUUCUCAAUAUGCUUCUUCCUUCCUAAUGCAAAGGAUGGAUUGCCAAGCUUAUUGAAGAAAGUGAACUCUGUUCCAAACUUCUUUACACAAGAUUUUCAUCUAUGGAACGAAAACCUUGCUGCAUUUUACAUUCCAAAGUUCAAAUUCUCAUUCACCACAGAAGAAGGGUUAAACACAAUGCAGGAAAUGGGAAUGACACUACCUUUCGACGAGACUUGCAUGGACCUAACAGAGAUUGUAGAAAAUGGAGGGCCUUUAUAUGUGUCCAUGAUAAUACAGAAAGCAUUUGUAGAAAUUGAUGAGAAAGGUACUGAGGCAGCUGCUGUUACUUUUGCAGAAGAUGAUGAUAUGGGAUGUUGUUUGUCCGAAAGUCCUCCAAAAAGAUUUGUAGCUGAUCACCCCUUCUUGUUCAUGAUUAGAGAAGAGACUACAAGGUCUGUACUUUUCACUGGAACGGUGGUAAAUCCCAUGUUAAGUGGAUCUGAUGAAUAG